CUCAUGUAGUGUGGUUGCAUUGCAUGUGUCUUGUGACAUAAAACUGCAAGAGACUUUUAUAUGGGGUUCGUGUUGUAAAUAUUUCGUUUAUUGUAGUUAAUAUAUAAUAAAAUAUACAUGUGUGUUUCAUCAAUAUACACAAUAAUACAAUUUAAAUAGUCUGAGGACAACAGCAGGUGACGUCGACAGUUAAGCAAUAUGUUAUUGUAAAAAUUCGUACAACUUUAAACGUAAUAAGAAAACUGGCGUGAAGUGAGUAUACAAUCGUUGGAAUGACCGACCAUUAUGAAAAGCCAGAUUCGGACAUGAAGAACAACAGUUAUGUUGGAAAAUACACAACUGAAACAAAUGAAUACGGAAGUGAGUAUGCAAUCGGUGGAAUAGCCGACCAUUAUGCAUGUCCAGACUCGGAUAUGCAGUACGAUAAUGAUGUUGGAAAACACGAAGUUGAAAGAAGUGUAACCGGAAACGUGUUUACAUGCGUAACGUCAAGAGAGCAAUGUUCUAUAAGCACGGCUGCAGAUGCAUCUAACAAAGCCUUAGAAACCGGCUUAACAACCAGCUAUUUACAGAAAACCGAUUCCGGAAAAAACGACCAAUUAAAUAAUGUUGACAACGAUCCGCACGAGUAUGAAGAACUUACAGAUAACAUAUAUUAUACAAUACCAGAUGGACGCUUCGAUGUUAUUGUAAAGAAAACAGCUCUUGCAAAGAAAAGCAAAAUAGUGGGAAACCGAAAAUUGGUCGUCGAGUCUGGAAAAAUUAGUUUUCAUUCUAAAGAAAAAGUCGUGACAUUUCUCAUACCGUGGGUCAGAAAGUUCGGAGACAAUGUUGUUGCUUUUUAUCUAGAAAUAGGCAGAAAAUGUGAGUUUGGCGAAGGAAGGAUCGAGCUGAUAAACCACCCAGAAUCAACUGACACUAUAGCACAAAUAAGAGACUCGGUCCGCGAACAGUGUAGAAAGGUACUUUAAAUGUUGUGCAUAUUAUAGGCACACCAACAGGAAGUGGAGUAGAGAAAAAUUGUCAUCCAGCGUAAACCCUGUCAUUCAAAUAAAUUCUUCCAUGAAAACAUCAAGUGUACUUGAACAAAUCUUGGAAUAAAUGUCCGUUUGGUUGUAAGUAAUAAGCAUUAAAAAUAGUUCGCAUGACACGUUAGAACAUCAAAAAACCAAAAUCAGAUAAAAUCAAAGUAAAACUACCGCUGCACCAGCGUGUGUGUGUUUUGUUUUUCGAAGUUUAAGGGUUCCUUCCGCGAAUGCGGCUGUAUUGUGUGAGAAAAUGGAUGGAGUCCAGCACUCUAAUCAAAUUAACUUCCUAUACUCCCGAAAGUUGGGACGAAUGUUGAAUUAAAGCUGCACGUUCAAACUAUUUACUUAUUACUGACAGAUCUUUAAUUUGGGUAUGGUCUUUUGUUGUCGGGGGCAGCCGUAGUACUACGGUCAAACACAACCUGUCAGGUAUAGUAACCAUCUCAAACAAACUCACACGCUUCCGAUGGCGAGGAUUGAGACCAGGUCGCCUUGAUGAAAAGUCUGCGUACCUACCACUUUGUUUGACAUUACAGUAUACCCUAUUGUUUUAUGCUGCUUUGCUAUGAAUAACGGUUUAUAAAAUACUAUAAUUUAUUAUAGCCGGGUGCUUAUUUUAAAUGUAAAUAUUAUUGUUUGUAUUAUAUGAAAUGCACAUUUAACUAUAAUAAACUAUUUACUUACUUAAUUACUUACUUACCACUGCGCUAAGCGGAUCACCUGUGCUGAACCAGCAGGAGGUAACAUUUAAUAAGCAUAUUGUAUUUUAUAUAUUUAUUAUAUAUGUAAUAGAUUCGCAAUCGAC